CUAGGCCUUCUGCUUCACAUUUCACAGAGACGGCGUUGCGUCAUGCCAUGGUGGCCUCUCUCGCAAUGAUAAAGCCAUGACAUACCGAUGUAUGCGUGAUUCGGGAUACUGAACUCACACACAACAUGCUCUGCGGACUCAAAGAUAUAUUCUCUCCACCCCCUUUCCCGCAAUGCCUGAUUCCCGUGUCCGACACCACCCCUUGAUGUUGAACGCUAGAUAGGCACAGAUAGGGAGAGAAUGUCGCGAUGCAACUUCCAAAGAGGCGGGACCGUCGCCCAACGCCACCAUAUGACUAAAUACAUCUAUCCUUCGCAUCUAGGGAAGAAGGCCAACUAUCUCCGUUUUCUUCCUCCUGUAAACCACGAGAAUCGCCGCCGUCCCCAAGGCGAGGCCGACAUGGAUACUAUAUUCAUCACCAUCUCCCCAACGCGCCACCCACUUCCCAGCGCCGCCGAAUACGCCACCAAAGCGAUCGCAAGCGGCACCAGUCCCGAGCCUCUCGACAUAGCAAUGUGCAGAGCCACACGAUUCGUUGGAAAUACUGUUCUUGAAGCUGGUAUCUUUGCCAUCGGCAAAGCGGGAUUGCUGUGGAUCGUCAUACAGCGGAAAACGCUCAUCCGGCUGGACAACAAGACGAGCAAAGAAGACUCGGCGCUCUACAAGAUCCCGCUGGCGGAUUGGAGUAAGCUGAAGCCGUCAAAUGCCCCAGAGCAUGACCACUGGUGGCGCCGGCUGGACGACCUCUUCAAGGGUAACACUGACCGCGCAUGCUUGUGCGUCAGGCAGAGGAUAGAGGCGCUCGGGUUACGGCCGCCGUGGUACAAAUGGGCGAGGCGGCCUGACGUUGAGAAGUUCAAGCCCUCGAGUCCCAGUGCAUUGCCAAAGGAUGACAAAACCUGCUUCGGUUGUGGAGACGAUUACGAUGACAAAGACAGGCCCGUGAUCUUGUCUUGCGAUAAAGAGAAGGGCCAUCAUAUGUGCAUUACGUGCUUCGAGACCUUGCUUGAUCAGCCAGACACAAGGUUGAAGGGUUAUGCGCGAUGCCCACAGUGCCGUGCGGAACAUCCAGUAUUGAAGCGAUGGAGCUUCAUGUUGCCAGCUGAGCAAGGAUUUUGGCGAUACCGAAAACUCGAGGAGCAGCUUGUAGACAUCGACAGCUUCCCCCUUAUCUCCCUCGGCGUGCAUCUGCUACCGGACAAACGGGUUAGGGUUAACGCAAAUAAUGCCAUCAAGUUCAUGGAUGAGGUCAUCAUCUACGUCGAGAUGGUCCUGCCGUACGGAUAUCAGCUCGACAAUCCCGUGACUUUCCUCGAGUCACGUGCUGUCCACCAAGCUCUCAGGACUGAGCUGCGAAACCAACACGGCCAAGUCGUGUCAGUGGACCAGAUGCAAGGGGCGCUCGAUGCGGCGGCGAAGAAGGCUGUCAAAUGCAUGCGAUCACCGGAUGGUGCGCUUGGAAAUCCGGAGAUGCCUCCUAACUUUGUCAGAUAUAGGGACAAGGUAGUGAGGCGCGUUGCCCAUUCGUGCUUCCUGGGCCCUGAAAGAUGGAUUGGAAUAUUCAUGGGAUGGUUGAAAGAGGACCAGCAACAGCAUCCAUGGCCGGCAAAUGUGGCUGGGCAUUGGAAAGGGUAGGACAAUGGUAGGAGUUGAGAUGGAACGAGCCAAGAGGUAAAAUUCGUUUACACUGAGCUUGUUAUCGUGACAAACCUUCCAACAAGCAUAUGACAUGGUAACUACUCCACUACUUGCCUAAACCGCCAGCCCCUCAGCCGUACUUCUUAAAGCACAGAUUGAAUUGUUUUCGUCCCAACGCAUUCACCCAUUUUCGCUGCUGGUGACAGCCAGCGCUAUGACCAGCGGAUAGACAACCUUCACCACCUACACUGCCGGCUGCCUGCCGCGCU